AUGAGUUAUCAAAGCUCCGUACAAAGUCCUGGAAGUCCAUCAUUCGCACAACAGACCAUGAAGUGGCAAAGGAUCGAAUUGAACGCGGAAUCAGUUUUGGCCAAUUUCCGGGCACUGGAUUUACGCAUAAGUCACGUCAUUGACAUUUGCGAAUCACUGGAACAACUAGGGAGGUACGGUGAGGGGAUCAUACCGGUGACAUUCUGUACUGAAAGAGAGCGCGAUAUUGGCCAAAGUCUCACGAAGGCCCAGGACAAUUUUGUUGAAUUGGCCAUUAAUCUCGUCACUCACAAUCGUGACAACAUUUUCGACAUUUUGAAACCGGAAGAAUGGUACCAGGCCUACAAUAGCUACCAAAAUGAGACCAGGGCAUUAGAGAUUCAUUUGGUUCACGACUUUGAAGAUGCCAUCCACCGCUGCAGCACGCUCUGGAAUAUCUACGAAGUUCUCAUGUCGUUUAAACAUUUGUAUCGACGCCCACUCUUCACGGCCGUAAUCAAUUCGACUGCCAAUCAGCUCCUUAAAAAAGCUUCUCGAGAGGCGAAGGUAGCUUGCGGCAUCAACUCCGGCGACCCGUGGAGCACUCCAAUCAGCGCCACGUUAACUACUCAGACGACCCGGUUGGCCGCCUCCGCUCAACGUGCUCGAGGUUACCUCGAUAAGAUAGCUAAAUUGGUGCAAAUGACGAGCUGGGCCGGAAGUCCUAGUUACCGAGAGAAGGCUCUAUUACGCUGCCAGCAGGCUCACCGACUAUUGGGCGAAGCCAUCAAGAAAGAAUUUGCGGAUUGGAUCGAUAAGCUACAUCUCGAAGUGGCGUUCAACACUAGUACGGCGCUCCACAAAUCGGCAAUCCGGCGUCACUUCAAGCGACCUGAUUGGAUUCAGUGUAACCUUGACGGAGUUGUUUUACAAGUCAUUCAAGCAACUGAAAGUUGGGAUCGCCUCCUCAUUGAACUUCCGGGCCAGGUUUCUUCAUUGUGGAAUGAGCGGAAUGAGCUGCGUAACGUUUACGGAUCCGUCUCCGCCUUGUGUCAUUACUAUAAUUACAUUGUUGAAGGAAUGGACGAAAUAGACAAAGACGCUCAACGGGAAGCCAUGGUUAAGCUGGAGAAAGCAGUCCAACCAUGCUUGAAUGCACACACCUGGAAACAACUGAUCCUCAUUAAAAGAGUUGUUACUUCCUGCUAUUUUGCAAUGGAGGAAGUCGUUCAGGACCUUAACACACGCUAUGCAUUGGAUUGA